CUGAGGGGAGGUCAGAGACCUGAGGCCCUCUACCUGAGGGGAGGUCAGAGACCUGAGGCCCUCUACCUGAGGGGAGGUCAGAGACCUGAGGCCCUCCACCUGAGGGGAGGUCAGAGACCUGAGGAUGUUGGCAAACCAACACAUUUGAUCCAGGGUUUAUUUUAUUUUAUCUUAAUCUCCUUUCCACGAUCAGAACCGCCUUGCAGCUGAAAGUGGAUCCAUCUCUUCACCUGCUGAUCACUCGUCUACCUCUGUGUUCGCUGGGCGUGGACACAGCGGCGCCUCUGUUGUCACGGUUACAAGAGUCUCAAUGGCUGCGAGGAAGUCUGGAUCCGAUGUCUUCAACAAUGGGCCCAUCAGCUACCUGGAGGACGUUCCCUUCAAGAUCUCUGACCGGUUCCGCUGCCCGGCCAAAGUGGGCUUCCCUGUUGGGUUCUGCCCCCCCGACUGUGGCCCCCUGCUGCUGGACUCACAGUAUGACUUUUCUCUGGCGCGGCGCAGUGUGCUCUGGGGCGUUGAGCUGGCUGAGGCCAGAGCAGCAGAAGCCAGAGCGAAGGAGGCGGUGAGCGGGGAGCGUCCGGCCCAGGGUGCGGACGCCGCAGAGGACCAGGACCUCCUGCCCCCGGCGCUGAACCCCGUCCUGGCGGGCCUGAGCCACAAUGACAUCCUCACGCCGCUGCCGGCCCCCAGCCUCGGGCCCAGGAAGGCCCGGCCCAGCUCCCCGCCGCCGCCGCACCGCCUCAACCUGGCGGACUUCGAGCGUGAGGAGGACCCCUUCGACAAGCUGGAGCUCAAGACUCUGGACGACAGGGAGGAGCUGCGGAGCAUCCUGCAGAGCCAGCCCCCCCCGGAGGCCCCCCCCCCGGAGGCCCCCCACAGGUCACGAGGGAGCAGCCCGUCUCCCCCCGGCACCAAGCCGGGCCUCCCCCAUCAGCCCGACGGGCUCGCCGCCCUGCUGGACGCGGACCGGGUCGGGCGGCCCGGCAGGACGGGCCUCGAGGCCGAUGACCGGCCCUGUAACAUCCGCUCCCUCACCUUCCCCAAGCUGUCUGACUCCGGUGACCCCGAGCCGCCGCGGUGCGGCCCGCUCGCCGCCGCCAGACCGCACCUCCUCAACGGAAGCCCGCCCACCGCGCCCGAGGCGCUCGUCGGCCCGGAGCCCGGCGGCCACGCCAAGAGCGGAGCGCCGAAGCCGGCCGACCCCGGGUCAGGACCGGCGGGGCUCGUGCCGUGCGGGGUGGCGCCACUCGGCAUGAGCCCCGGCGAGCGGCAGUGCGCGGAGACCCUGGUGGGCAUGGGCUACUCGUACGACGCCGUCCUCCGGGCCAUGCAGACGCCGGGCCGCAGCGUGGAGCAGGUGCUGGACUACCUGUUUGUUUACGGCCGUCUGUGUGAGCGAGGCUUCGCUGCUCCGGCCGUGGAGGAAUGUCUGGAGCUGAACCCGAGCUCCGAGGAGAAGGCUCUGCAGUUCCUUGAGCUCAUGUCCAGAUUCGGUGAAAUGGGCUUCCAGCGUGACGCCAUCAAAGAGGUUCUGCUGGUCCACAACAACGACCAGGACAAGGCUCUGGAGGACCUGAUGGCCCGGGCCGCCGCCAGCUGAGCCCCGCCGGCCCCCGCAGCCCCCCCCUCCUGCCCCGGCUGUGGAGGCGCAGUGGGAGGAGCUUGUGGUUCUCUGUGCUCGAGCGUAUGGAGUCUCGGCACCUCUUACCGAGUGGAGGGGGGUUCUUCUGGUUCUGAGACCAGGUAGUGGAGACUGAGCUGCUGGGGAGAACCCAGAACCCCAUGAAGGAGCCGGCGGUCCACACGGACCCGUCUGGACUCUUGAACCCAGCGGACUGAGCGGCCCUCUCCUCUGAGACUGACCCCAGACCAGUGGCUCCGGGAGGUUCCUCUGCUGCACCUCCUCUUCACCUCCUCUUCAUCGUUCAACGGCGGUCCUUUUCAUCUCGGCAUGGAGGGGACCGUCACGCCUUCAGACCCGACGGUUACGCAACAGUUCACUGUCCAGUCGCUCGGCACUGGAGGGAGGAGGGGAGGGGCCUCUCUCCAUAACCCACUGACGCACACACCACACACACACACACCACACACCACAACACACACACACCACACACCACAACACACACACCACACACACACACAUUUAAUGAUUAUCGUCUUAUUUAAACUCGUUCACUGAUACUUUCUUUUUAAAAUGCAGAGUUUGUGAAGAUGUCUUAACUGUCGUGAACUUGUUUUCCGGCUGAGUGGUUCAACAGAAUAAAGAGUCCCAUGUC